AUGGUGUUGGCGGAAGUAGCUCUCGCGUUUGAACAAGGAGAGGCUGGGAUAUUUUUUAGAGACAAUGAGUUCUUUGGCCGGCUUGUGAAUACUUUCAGCAAUGUCAGCAACUUGUUUUCAUUCACACCCGUCCGGGUGAAGGAGGUAUCCUUGGCAGAAGAAUCUCGGAAACGUGUGCAGGAGGAUAGGAUAGUCCUAUAUGACAACCAAUCAAGUCAUUCGGACUGUCUUCUCAUUAAUCCUCAGAAUCAAAGACAGCUUCCGGGAAGGGAGGGAUAUUUUCCCAUCUUCACUCUCAAAGGUGGCCACCCCUUCAUUAGGAGCAACCAUUUUCUUUUUCAGCUAGACAAUGAAGCAGAGGCAAAUGAGUACUUCAGUACUUAUGUAAAACAGUUGCGACCAUUUUAUGAGAGCUGCCGUGAGCCUUUGUCAUUGGAAACUUUGCAGCAACUGACAGAUUGUUUUCGAAGCCACCCCAGCUGGUCGUUGGCUCACAUAGCAGUAGAGGUGGAACUUCUGGAGAGCUUCCGACAUAAUCAUAUUCUGAGCUGCAUAAACAGCAAUAGUGCUGACAAUGAAUGCACUCCACUGCACUUAGCUUGCCAGAAAGGAAACCUUAAUUGUCUACGAGAAUUGGUGAAUGAGUGCCAUGCCCGGCUAGAUCUCACAGACAAAAAUGGAGACACGGUCUUUCACUAUGCUGUCCGAGGGACAAACCCGAAGAUCAUUGAGCUCCUGGGCAAGAAGGCCACUGCUGGUUUGGACCACCUGAAUGACGAAGGGCAGAGCCCGUUGCACUUGGCUUGCCGACUGGGCAAAGAAGAUUUUGUUCUCUCUCUUUUGAAGGUUAAUGCCAAGUGCAAUAAUUUGGGGCCACUGGGCUACCCCAUCCACACCGCUAUGAAACACUCCCAGAAAAAAUGUGCAGAGGCUCUUCUAGAUAAAGAGAUCAAUCAGAUUCAAUUGGUGGAUCCACGCUAUGGGGCCACACCCCUUCAUUGGGCCAGAAAUGCGGAGAUGACUCGGCUUCUUAUUGAAUAUGGCUGUGAAGUCAAUGUCCUCAGUGCAACAGGGGAGUCAGCCCUGCACAUUGCUGUGCGGCGUGGGCGCUUUGAUUGCGUAAUGGUGUUGCUGACCCAUGGAGCCAUAACCAACAGCAAAGGGAAGGAUGGGAACACACCACUGCACCUGGCCAUGCAGCAAGACCACUUAGAAACAAUCAAGGCCCUUAUUGUAUUUGGAGCAGAUGUGGAUGUCCCCAAUGACUUAGGGGAGACUCCGGGCUUGUUGGCGGCCAGAAUGAGCAAAGGUGCCAACCGGAAAAUACUCUUAGACCUGCUGAAACUUGUAGGGACUGACCGCUUCCACCCACCUGGUUCAGCACCAUCACCAUCAUCAUCAUCUACUUCCACCAUCCCAGAACGACCAUGGAGCACUAGCCAGAACCUAGAAUAUCAGAACAUUCUCCAUGUCUCUACAACACUUAAUUCCACGGUGAAAAAAACAGAUGUGAUGGACUCUGGCAGAGUCCAAGACCGUCUCUUGAGUCUGGAUGGUGGAGGUGUCCGGGGUGUGGUGCUCAUCCAGUUUCUCAUUGCUAUAGAGAAAGCAGCAGGGCGUCCUGUCAGAGAGCUCUUUGACUGGGUAGCUGGGACUAGCACAGGGGGAAUUCUGGCCAUCUCUGUUGUACAUGGGAAACCCAUGGAUCACAUGCGGUGCUUGUACUUCCAAAUGAAGGAUGAGGUGUUUCGUGGGUCGCGGCCUUAUGAGUCAGUGCCUCUUGAGAAUUUCCUUAAGAAGGAGUUUGGAGAACAUACAAAAAUGACUGAUGUCAAGAAUCCUAAGCUCAUGUUGACAGCAACUUUAUGUGACCGGCAGCCUGCUGAGCUCCACCUGUUCCGGAAUUAUAAUAUGCCAGAAGGGAGAAGCAAAUCUCCUACCAAGGUGACAAGCUCAUUUCAACCGAUGACCAAGCCAGAAGAUCAGCUGGUGUGGCAGGCUGCCCGUUCCAGUGGAGCUGCACCUACCUAUUUUCGACCCUUUGGACGGUUUCUGGAUGGAGGGUUGCUGGCCAACAAUCCAACCUUGGAUGGCAUGAGAGAAAUCAAUGAUUAUAACAAGCACUUAAUCCGAAAUGGUCAGGGCCACAAGGUGAAGAAGUUGGGAGUGGUGGUCUCUCUUGGGACUGGCAAGGCUCCGCAAGUGCCUGUAAGCUCUGUGGAUGUCUUUCGCCCAUCCAACCCUUGGGAACUGGCCAAGACUGUCUAUGGGGCUAAAGAACUGGGCAAACUAGUGGUGGAUUGUUGCACUGAUCCAGAUGGUCCAUGUGUUGACCGUGCAAGAGCUUGGUGUGAUAUGAUAGACGCCAACUAUGUCAGGUUCAACCCUCCCUUGGAAAUGGAUGUAAUGCUGGAUGAAGUAAGCGACGCAAUCUUGGUGAACCUGCUGUGGGACACUCAGCUCUAUAUUUAUCAACACUGGAAUCAGUUUGAACGCUUGGUACAAUGGCUCCAGAAUCCAUGAUGCUUUGCAAGACUCUGUGGGAGCACCAUUGUGUGUCUACAGUGAUGGUUUGGAAUAUUCUCAAGGAAUGGAUUCCGCUGCAGUCUGGCUUCCCUCUUAUCUUCAUAUCAGGAUAUCAAGUGAAAGAAUUUGAGGUUUCCACUGGCUGAAAUGCCUUUUCAGCUGCCAUAAUCUGUGGACUUGUAGUGACUGCUCUUUCUCUGUAUGUCACUACACAGCAGCGCUCUGGUUCCUGAAUUUCAUUUUUACCAUGGCAUUACGUGCUAUCAAAACUGAUCAAAGUUGGACCAUCUUUCUCCUUUCUUGGCAUAUGAAACCAGUUGUGUUUUCUAUAACUCUUUGGUUCAAUGAUAGCAUUUUUUCUGUCCGAAAUUUGACAUCAGCAGUUUAGAUUUUAAUUGCCUGUUCCUCCAUGUUUUCUGGUCAAAUUCAGAGUUUCUGUUGUAUGGAGAUCUAAAGUUAUUUCCCACAUACGUCAGAGCUGCUCUCCUGAAAUUUAUUUUUGGCACUGAGGACUGCAGGGAGAAUGCACAUAAUUGGAUAAAUGCUUUUUCAUAGAUGACACCUUUUGUUCAUAUUUGCACACUGACAGAGAUACGGAAGGCUUCCUGCCUCACAGUACAAAUAUAUUUUCUCAAAAGAAUGAUUAGUGUUUGUCAGAUCAAAAACCAAGGGGAAACCUCCUAUAGACAGUCUGUGGUUAUACUCAUUUCAAUGUCCUGUUUCCUCAAAUAUAUGUUUUAUUAUUUAGGGGGGAAAUAGCCACUCAUCCAUGGCUUUUUUAAAAGGCCAGGAUGGAUUUAAAGAGCUGCUAUACAUGAUAACUUUAAUGUUUUUUGCUGUCUGACUUAUUUAAUUCAGUAGAUUUAUUCAAUCCAAUAGAAGAUACUAGUAAAAUGUCUAGAUUAAUUUGAAAUCUGAGAGGUGGCUUUCCCCCCUUCCCUUAUUGCUUUUGUACACUAGUCUGGUGAAAGUGAAACUGGUGAAACUGGUGAAAUUGUUGUGGUGUUAACUGUGGUAUCUUCACAAAACUGACUCAGUAUUUAAUAAAAGGAGGAUUAUUUGAAA